AUGGAUGCUUUCUCCAUAAACUCAAGCCUAAUACUUAACUAUAGUUCACCCAAAACCACAGAGAGGCCUUGGACUCCGUUUGUCGGAUGUGAGGAAAAGGUUGCUGGCAUUUUAUUUACCUUAAGCGUGCAGAUUAUCAAUGUCAUUCUAGGUAUACCAGCUAAUGUGAUGGUCCUGUGGUUUUUGCUGAGAAACAUGGGUGAAGCCUCCACUUCAGAUAUCUUCCUGUUGAAUCUUGCAUUCUUGGAUGGUUUCUUUGGCUGCAUGGUCCCUCUAGACCUGGUUAAUGUAUUUUUUCUCAAUAACAAAGAUGCCUGGCGUGUUCAGCUGUUUGCUUACGGUUUAAAAGACAUGGGGGGUCCCCUGUUUCUCUCCUGUGUCUGUUUAGACCGGUACGUAGCUGUGCUGCAUCCCAUCACUUUCACAGGUCUCAAAGAUCACAAAUACAGAGCAGCCUGCUCAGUGGUGGUGCUGGCCAUCACGUUAGCAUACGCCAUCGCCAAGGCCAUUGGGGGGAUUGAGAACUUUGAGAAGAUAUUCACUGUCAGCAUCCUGGCUUCCUUUGCCUUUAUGGUCUUCUGUAACAUCUCCAUCCUGUGGGCUCUGAAGCGAUCUGGACCAGGGAAAGAUGAGAUGCACCCCAUGAAGAAGAAGGCCUUCAAGAUGGUUCUGUCCAUCCUGGCUAUUAUAGUGUUUAAUUAUCUCCCACCUGUAGCUCUUUUCCCAUUUCAGCAGUAUUAUUCUGCUGAUGAGUUUAAGUGCUACAUCCAGCCCUUCGCCUUUUCCUUUGUUAAUAUUAGUAGCAGCAUUCAGCCCUUACUCUACCUCUCCAGACUGGAGAACAAGCUACCAUGUCUAUCAGAACCAAACAGUAAAAUGUGUUGUUCAACAAAAACUCUGUGUUCAGAAGGAUAA